GGAAUUGUUGGAGCUCCGUGACUGCCAGCCCUGUCCAUGGUGCUGAAUCGAUGGGUGAUGGACGCACUGCUAUUAUUUAUGGUUAGGCAUUCCAAUUAGGCUUCCAAUUAUCAUCUUUUGGGUUAGGGUUAGUAUGCACUAAAUGCACUAAAAAGCAAGCAUUUUGGUGGUAUCUUCGCGUUUGCAUGUCAAAAUACACUAAGAUAUUAGGGGCAGAAAACUCUAGGGGGAAUGUGUAUUUUCAGAGCAACAGGUCUUCGCAGCAUUGGGCUUUUGUUUUCGGGAUAACAGUCUGUUGGACUAAUGGGCUUUUGGUCCAAUGGGAAGUUUUCCAAACUAUUGGGGUUUCGGAAAUAAUGGGCUGUCGGACCAAUGGUAUGGCACCACUAACUCCGGCUACAUAUUUAUCUUACUUAUACUAUUUAAGAGUGGUAUCAAUCUUCAUAUCUAACUCUUGUCAAGAAACCAAACACAUUUAUUUUCCAAAGUGUCAAAUUAUUCAUUUAAACAACCUUCUGGGCUGUUAAAGAUCACCAGGUAUACAUUUUCCAUAAAAACGGAUAAUUAGCUUUGUGACUCAAAUGUAUGAGGCUCAUAGGUGAAAGCAUUGGGUUUCCCAAAGUCUUGAUUAAAAAAACAAAGUUGGUUCCAUAGUUUCUUUUUGCUCAUUGUGGACCGCUAACUUAAAAAUGCUUUAUAUAUAAAAUCAUGUUAACCAUCGGUGUUGGACGACAUCAGCUCGGGGUUCUCCAAGAGACAAUAACCUCUGAUAAGUCUGAGAGUGGGAGUGUGCGUGUGUGAGUGUGCACCAUGGACGUUCUUAUGCCCUCCAUGCUAGGGGACGAUCCACACCUAAUGGCCGAGCCAGAGAUCCAGAUCUUUGAGCAGCCCAAACAGAGAGGAAUGCGCUUCAGGUACAAGUGUGAGGGUCGCUCUGCCGGCAGCAUCCCCGGCGAGAAGAGCUCUGACAACAACAGGACCUACCCCAGUCUGCAGAUCCUGAAUUACUGCGGCAAGGGGAAGGUGCGUGUUUAUUUGGUGACGAAGAACGAGCCUUACCGACCACAUCCGCAUGACCUGGUGGGGAAGGACUGCAAAGACGGAUACUAUGAGGCAGAGUUUGGGCCGGACCGCAGAGUGAUCGCUUUCCAGAAUCUGGGUAUCCAGUGUGUGAGGAGGAGGGAGGUGAAGGAAGCAAUCUUACAGAGGAUUACCAGAGGCAUCAACCCCUUCAACGUGCCACGCGAGGAGCUGCUGCAGUCAGAGGAGUACGACUUGAACGUGGUUCGCCUGUGUAUCCAGGUCUUCCUGCAGGAUGAGACUGGCCACUACAACCAAGCACUCAACCCUAUUGUCACCAACCCCAUUUACGACAACAGGGCCCCAAACACAGCAGAGCUGAGGAUCUGUCGGGUCAACAGGAACAGUGGUUGUGUAAAAGGAGGGGAUGAGAUCUUCUUACUGUGUGACAAAGUGCAGAAAGAUGACAUUGAGGUCAGAUUCUUCUCCUCCGAUGGCUGGGAGGCCAAAGGCUCCUUCUCCCAAGCUGAUGUUCAUCGCCAAGUGGCUAUCGUCUUCAAGACUCCACCCUUCUAUAAUACCUCCAUAACAGACUCUGUCACCGUGCACAUGCAGUUGCGCCGACCGUCCGAUCAGGAAGUCAGUGAACCACUGGAUUUCAGAUAUCUGCCUGAUGACAAAGACCCUUAUGGCUAUAAUGAGAAAAAGCGGAGAAGAGGAAACUUGAUGAAGAUGUCAGCUGGCCAUUUUGUUGGUCUGGCUAUGAACAGGCCAAAGGCGGUGCCACACAGUACCAUGAGUCACAUGCAGAAAGACCUCAGCAACAUGUACGUGAGGCAACAGCCUUCAAUGCAGCAACAACCUGCCAUAUUCAACCAACCCUACCAACCAAGCCCUCAGAAUGUAAUGAUGACAUCACAGGCUCCUAAUGUGCCAGUCAACCAUUCAUGGGCAAAUCCCAACCCAGCACUCUCAAUGGAUACGGUCACCAUCAAUCCCGCAAGUGCCAUGAGCAAUUUGCCACGUCUUAAUAGCAGUAGGCAACAGCAGUCAACUCCAGUGUCUGGUUACACCUGUGACAGUAACACCCUCCCUCAGCUCAACCUGAGGGACUUGCAGUGCUUGGACACAGUCCCCCAGGCUCCUGUAAUGAGCCAGUCAGAGUCCCAGCAUCUCUUCCACAUGCAGCACCAAAGAGAGGAACUCACCUCUGACACCCGGGCCCAGAACCAUCUAGGGAGCCAGAACCAGGGUCUCCAGACUAUGUGGCCCAAUUUCAGCACCCCCAAUCCAGUUCAGAACACCUUUAAUGGGUCUGUACCUGGAGGUGGAGGGGGGUCACAGGGGCUGAGCUCCUUCCCCUUCCUAGAGGGAAUGGAGGGGAAUGAACUUCUAAAGAACCUGGUGGGAGGUGGGCCUCAGACUGGCUUCCAGCUGAAACAAGAGCCCCAGAUCACAGUGGUACAAGAGUCCCAUACUUCCCUCAUGCAUUCCCCAAGAGAAAGCCAAGGAAACACGUACACCAACUUGCUUCCUCGUCCUAUGAGCAAUGGCACCAACAUGGAUCCUAUGAGGCAAGACGGUAGUGGAAACAACCAGUCUCUUAAAAAUCUUCAGAAUCCUUUCUCACAGAAUGGCAUGACCGCCGAUGGCCACUAUGCAAAUUUAGCGGACUGGCUCAAAUCAAGUCGGCACAGUGACUACAAGGAAUGACAUUGUUGGCAUCAAGAAAUAAACAGAAGCAGUGCCAAGGAUUACAUCAGUCUUGUUAAGCCUGCAAAGCUAGAAAUUUUGCCUCAUCCAUUCUGGCCCAGUAAGGCUUAGUGGGCAUUUGCUUGGGUUGGGUACAUUCGUGCCAAAAUUACUGGCAGCCUAUUGGACCCACAAACAGAAAAAGGUAUAGUUUCUAGGUGUUACAACUGAUUACUACCUAGUUCCAUCUUUAGCAAAGACAUCACCAAGAAUACUCUCUAUAUUUGAUUGGCUAAAGGUGGCACUUCCAUUUCCAAUUAUUAAUCUAGAAAGACACCUUUCUCCAAAAAACUAUUGACUAAAUUUUGGUUUCUUGGUAAAUUUGACACAACAAAUAGACCAUGCAGUUUCAGAAUGUUGCUUCAUUUAUAUAUCAAAGACACCUUGUUUAAAGCCCCAGUUCAUGAUUAGUGUACUGUGCAAUUCUUUACCAGUUCCACUCCAACUUUUACUCUCUGAACAGUUGGGGUAUUUCAAGAGGUGCAAAGUUUAAUCAUAAUUUUAUUCACACUGCUUAAUUCACUGAUUGGCUCAGCUUCCAGGUCCUGGUGUUAGUUGAUUCCCUGUAGAUGCUCUUCAGACUAGUCUUGAAAACUGAGCUCACAGGAGUUUGGCUGAUUUCUGCAAGGUUAAGAUUUUUAUGUCAAUGAACGAUGUGUGAGGUUGUAAUGAUGAAGAUCUCACCAAAGGACACAUUGAUGGUUUCCAAGACAAAGGUUCUGAAGAAGUGAAUGUACUACUUUCUUUCUUUGUUUUUCUCAUGUGAAGAUGGAUUCACGUUAAACAUAUUGUAUAGUAAUCAAUGUUUUGUUUGGGUGUUUAAUCUUGAAAAAGAAAAUGGGGUAAAUGGAUGGCAUAUUGAAAGUACAUUAGAGGAAAUUUCUUGUUGUCAUGGGUUUAUUUUUUAUUGCUGUGUAAAGGAUUCUUUCGUAUUACACAUGUCAGCUAAGGUGUGUUACUGUUUUAUUGAUUUUUUAUCAGAGCAUUUGCUGUUAAGUGCACUCUGUACAUACAUGUUAGCCAUAUUUGAGAGUGAAAGCUAUAACCAUGCUGAAGCACUCAAGAACUGGCGAGGUACUGAAAUUUCCAUUGAGGAAGUGGGAGGAAGCACAUUGAGUGGUGUCUUUCCUUUGUAAUGACUAUGUCAUACCAGUGAUCACAUGUGUUAUCCAGAGUUCUCAGAGCAUUUCUAACAGAUGUUUUACAGAUACAGAUGUCAGUUUUGUAUUUUCUUGUUGUUUUAUUCAUUUAGCCUCACAGAGCGUCUUGCUCGAGGACAUUUUGAUUGGACACGUGGCUGAUGAUGGACAAACACUGGCACUUAAGCAGGGCUGGUCUGUCAUCUUUAGCCUAGCUCAUACUAACGUGAUGUAUAUCACCUGUAUACCCUCCAAGAGUCUUCAUUGUCUUAAAUGAACGUAAAUAUUUUGAUGACUACUUUGUAAGAUUGGAUAUGUUUUGAAUUUUCUUACAGGAUCAGUUUUUAAUAAAUGUAUUCUGUCUUA